GGAAGCCAGCUAGAACUCCAGAGGGAAAGCACUUUGUACCACAGGCAGAUAGCGAGAGGGAGAGAAAGAAGAGUGUGGCAGGAGAGAGAGACGAGGCAGCACAGUGAGUGAGAGAAGAGCAGAAAGUUUGUGUACAAAGGGCUUCUUCCCAUCUACUCAUCCUCCCCCACUCCUCCUCCUCCUCCUCCAAAAAAAGUAUUGUUUCACCUGAUAGCUUGGGUGAUAAAAGGAAUGAGAGAGAGCUGCUUAGUGCUUCAGUGGCUCAGAGUUAGAGGAAAGUUAGCAGUUGCUCUGCUUCAGUUUUAGAACUGCAAGCAAUUGGCAGCACAGCUCUCGCUCUCUCUUUUAGCGAACUGAAAAGGGCUUCUGGCUAAGGAAAAACACCAACACUGAGUUUGACUUAGGAGUUUCUGAAAAAUUAAAAGCAGUUCAGAGUGGAAAGAGUUUCAUGCUGGCAUUUCGAGUUCAUCCUUUUUCUUUUUCUUUUUUAACCAGCCUCUGCUCCACUGAGACAACUUUAUGAGAAGCGACAGGGGCACAAUGAGUUUUUAAGAAGCACCUUGUGUUUUUUUAAAAAAAUAUUCUUUUUUAAUGAGGUUAGGGGGCAUGACAAGGGAACUCAAGGGAAGCCUCUGAAGAGCAGCAGCCAGCAAGAUGGGUCUGUUAAGUGUGGACCUGUUGAUCACGCUUCAGAUCCUGCCAGUUUUUUUCUCCAACUGCCUCUUCCUUGCACUUUAUGACUCGGUGGUCCUUCUGAAGCACAUGGUGCUUCUUCUGAGUCGCUCCAAGGCUGCACGUGGUGAGUGGCGAAGGAUGCUUACGUCGGAAGGGCUGCGCUGCGUCUGGAAUAGCUUCCUCCUAGAUGCCUACAAACAGGUGAAACUGGGUGGAGAAGCUCCUAACUCCAACGUGAUUCACAUACCCAAUGGCACUAGUGACAGCAGCAGCAGAUGGAAAAGCUCUGGUGGGAAAUACGGCACCGACUGUCACCUCUUAGACUUUGCCAAAUCGGAGCGCCCGCUGGUGGUCAACUUUGGCUCAGCCACCUGACCCCCCUUCACAAACCAGCUGUCAGCCUUUGGCAAGCUGGUGGAAGAGUUCUCCAGUGUGGCUGACUUCCUGUUAGUCUACAUUGAUGAGGCUCACCCAUCGGACGGCUGGGCUGCUCCUGGUAUCUCCUCAUCAUUUGAGGUCAAGAAACACAGGAACCUGGAAGACCGAUGUGCGGCCGCUCACCAGCUUCUGAAGCAGUUUUCUUUGCCACCUCAGUGCCAGUUAGUGGCUGACUGCAUGGACAAUAACGCCAAUGUGGCCUAUGGGGUCUCCUUUGAGCGUGUGUGCAUUGUACAAAGACAAAAAAUUGCCUACUUAGGGGGAAAGGGCCCCUUUUUCUACAACCUCCAAGAAGUUCGACUUUGGUUGGAGCAGAACUUCAGGAAAAGAUGA